AGUGCUGCCGGCGCUGAAGCGAGACAGUUCAGUACAUUUCUUUCCCCCUGAAUGUGCAACCUUCUCCCAAGGUCACAGCUCUCCAGCAACUCAGAUCUUAACUGAAGCUCCACUCCGCACAUUUGUCGGCCUAACGUCUGAUUCAACAUGGCAACACGAUGGGGACUGUGUGGCGCCGGAAAGAUCAGCAAUGACUUCAGCGUGGCCGUGAAGACUCUGCCUCCCGGAGAUCACCAGAUUGCAGUGAUUGCAUCGAGAAGCUUGGAGCGCGCCAAAGAGUUCGCCAAGAAGCACGGUGUUCCUGAGGCUUACGGCAGCUACGAGGAGCUCGCCAACAACCCAGACAUCGACAUCGUGUACCUGGGGGUGUUGCACACGGAGCACUGGCGAGUCGGCCUGCUGUUCCUCAAUGCGGGAAAGAACGUCCUGUGUGAGAAACCUUUUGCCAUGAACUCCAGACAGGUGAAAGAGCUUGUCACGGCCGCGAAGAAAAACAAGGUCUUCCUGAUGGAGGCCAUCUGGUCCCGCUGUUUCCCCGUGCACGCCGAGGUGCGCAGGCUGCUGGCGGACGAGGUGGUCGGGGAGGUGAAGCUGGUGAAGGCCUACUUCGGCUCCCCCCAGCUCCACAUCCCCCGCUCGGUGGAGAAAGAGCUGGGAGGAGGAGCGCUGCUCGACAUCGGAGUGUACUGCCUGCAGUUUGUCCUCAUGGUGUUCAACGGAGAGAGGCCGGAGUCCAUCCAAGCCACGGGGGUGCUGCUUGACUCAGGAGUGGAUGAAUCUGUGGUGGUGGUGAUGAAGUUCUCCAGGAACAGGAUGGCCUUCUGCUCCUUUUCUAUCGCCGCUCGACUCCCGAAUGAUGCUGUCAUCAGCGGCACUGAGGGCUCCAUUAAAGUCCUCGGCCCUAUGCACUGCCCCACUACGCUGGUUGUGAAUGACGAGGAGACGGAGUACCCUCUCCCUGAGCCGGGCCUCCCUCUAAACUUCACCAACAGCACCGGGCUUUGCUACGAAGCAGAGGAAGUGAGGCAGUGCCUGCUGAAGGGACUUAAGGAGAGCCCACGGAUGCCUCUGGCUGAGUCCGUCUUACUGACGGAGAUCAUGGAUGAAAUCAGGAAGCAGGUGGGAGUUGUCUUCAGCCAGGACAGCCAGUGACAUCACUCCGGAGCCAAGCUGUUCCACCUGACCUGAAUCUGCUCAGGUGGAACAAAGGGAAGCCGCUCGAGGGAAGAUGCUGGAUCUUUGGCAAAAGCAGAUCACUAUUGGCUCUGUGUCACACGGCCCGAGCACACACAUGUUAUUCAGCUGUCACACAGUUAAAGAUACAACCAGUACAUUACUGGAGCAUGUAUGUCUACAGUUUGCUUACCAGUGUUUUCCUUUAUACAUUCUGUAUUCUCAAAUUAUAUUGAUUGUCUCCUGGAGGCUUAGUGCAGUAUAGGUCACAAACCCACCUUCUCCAUGUUAGCUGAUGGGACAUUGUCCCAAUUAUAAACUCAAAUGCAAAAUAAAUUACUUCCCUAA